AUGAGAGCUCCCCCUUCGGCGUUUAGUAGGGCAGCACGUUCCGCUGGGGUUCGGCGCCUCCCCUCCACCAGGUGGAGCCUGGGCUCGCAAGGGAGCCUCUGGGGUUCAGAGGUCACGUCCUGGGCGGAGGAGGCUUUAGCUGAGGUGGGAUUCAGCGCCACGACCUCCGCUUCCCUUCUCCUCGCCGCCCAGGCCCUGGCGCCAGGCAGAAGCGACCCCCGCCUGCCCUCUUCUUCCCGUGAGCUUCGUCCUUCCCCUUCCCCCAUGCCUCCCUCAACCCCGAGCUCUCUUCGAAGCCGCGCCGAGGGAAGGCAGGAGCUAGGCCGCCCCCCCGGCCUCCGCCGCAUAGCCCACCUGCGGGCCUGCGAGGUGCGGCAGCUGCUGCACAACAAGUACGUGGUCGUCAUGGGGGACUCGGUCCAGCGGACCGUGUACAAGGACCUGGUGCUCCUGCUGCAGAAGGACUGCCUGCUCUCUCCCAGCCAGCUGAGGGCCCGGGGCGAGCUGAGCUUCGAGCGGGACGUGCUGCUUGAGGGCGGCAGCAGGGGCCGCCUGCACAACGGCACGCACUACCGCGAGGUGCGCCAGUUCCGCUCGGGCCACCACCUGGUGCGCUUCUACUUCCUCACGCGCGUGCACUCGCCCUACGUGGAGGACGUCCUGGACGAGCUGCAGCUGGGCCGGCAUGCUCCGGACGUGGUGGUCAUGAACUCCUGCCUCUGGGACCUCUCCAGGUACGGCCGGGACUUCCGGAGGAGCUACCCGGACGAUCUGGCGCGCAUGUUCAGGCGCCUGGCCCGGGUGCUGCCCUUGUCCUGCCUCCUGGUGUGGAACACGGCCAUGCCCGUGGCCGAGACCGUGUCUGCGGGCUUCCUCCCGUCGCAGCGCCCAUCCAGGGCCGUCCGCCUGCGAGAAGACGUGAUGGAGGCCAACUUCUACAGCUCCAGGGAGGCGGGCAGGCACGGCUUCGACGUGCUGGAUCUGCAUUUCCACUUCCGCCACGCCAGCCAGCACCGGCAGCGAGACGGCGUGCACUGGGACGGCCGCGCGCACCGACACCUCUCGCAGCUGCUGCUGGCCCACCUGGCGGACGCCUGGGGCGUGGAUCUCCCCUGCCGCCGAACCGUGGGCGGCUGGAUCAGGGAUGGCCGCACCAGCGCACAUCCAGGCCCCACAGGCCGGAGGCAGCCCCGAGACCACCGCAGGAUCCGAGGCGAAUCGGCUUUGAGGGGGCACCCGCCCGCUUCCCCGGGUCCCCGGGUCCCUCGGCGACCUUCUGUGUCCUAUCCCCAGGCUCGACAGCAACUCCCAGCCGGCCGCCAAGAUGCCUACUCGCCCUCCAACCGAUUUGCACGGUACAGGCACUUCUCCCGCGACUCCCCAAGGCGCCGAAUCGAACACACCAGAGAAGACAGCUCGACCAUGGGCCGCGAGUCGAGGGUGGGCCGCGAGUCGAGGGUGGGCCGCGAGUCCCGGGUGGGCCCCAUCCGCACAGCCCAGCACAGAGGCAGAAGGUCUCCCCCGUAUCCUCCCAGGCGUUCCCGCGAGCCACCCAGACACCAGGGAAGGCGGACAACAGACGGACCUGAGCGCAGCCAGGCACCGGGCCUCGGUAGGCAGACCUAG